GGGAACGGGGGAAAGAUGGGAGACAGCAGAGACGAAGAGAAGAGUGAAUGAUGAAUGCGGAUGUGGAUGUGGAUGUGGAUGUGGAUGCAGAUGAUGGUGAACAACGCAACAUUGGCCAAGGGAAGAAUUGGGAGAAUGACGAGGCCAUCCAACUGGCUGCUAUUGAUUGGGUCUUGGGCCUUGUUGACUGCAUGGGGAAAAAAAAAUACAACACACUGCCUCUGGAAUUGGCUUAGCACGGGUCGCUGGUGUUUUGUUGCUCCAAAAUGGAAAAGGCCCAGGCUGCUGAUGACCGACGACCGCCGAAGCCUACAGGUAGUAUAGGUAUGUACAGCGAGCACGGGCUCAUGCUACAGCUCUGAUACAGCUGCCUGAGCUACCUACAAGUUAAAGCUCC